CCCCAAUGGAUCCUAGACUCAUCAACCAACCACGACAAAAGGCAUGAUCAUAGGCCAUGGGACCUUUGCCACUGUCGCUGCUGGGCUCAAGGAGGUGUAGGCCAAGAUCAGACGAGGAUUGAGUCCAGCAAGGGCGGUGUCCCACCAUGGCUCUCUCGGCCAAGCUGGUGCCGAACGACGCCCUGGGCGCCCUGGGCGCGGAGCGCGAUGGUCUCACGUCCGCCGAGGCGGCGAAGCGCAUCGAGGAGUAUGGCCCCAACGAAAUCCCAGUGAUUGAGACACCCAUCUGGAAGAUGAUCCUGUCACAGUUCGUGGGUACCAUGCCCGUGAUGCUGGAGGUGAGUUGUGUCAUCUCCGCUGCCGCGGGCGACUGGCCCGACUUCUUUGUGAUCUUAGCCAUGGUCCUGGUGAAUGCUGCACUGGGCUUCCGGGAAGAGAUGAAAGCCAAGAAUGCGUUGGCAGAGUUGACGAAUCAGAUGGAGUCCAGCAUCCCUUGCUUACGGGAUGGGCAGACGCAGUCCUUACCUGUCUCAAAGUUGGUUCCCGGCGAUGUGACCCACCUGCGCGGCGGCGCGCUGACGCCCGCGGACGUGGAGUGGCUCGAGGGCGACGUCCUGACGAUUGACACCGCGGCGCUGACCGGCGAGCCGCUCCCGCGGAAGUACCCCAGCGAGGAGUAUGGAAAGCUCAUCCUCUCCGGGACUACAGUCAAAUCUGGAGAGGCCUACUGCGUGGUGCGGCUCACGGGCACGAACACGGAGAUCGGACAGGGCCAGGCCGACAUCAUGGCUGACCGGCAGACGGCCGCCGUGAGUGUUUUCGAGCAGCGGGUCAUGGUGGUGGUGAACAUCAUCAUCUCGCUCGCAGUCUUGGAUGCGAUUUGCAUCGUGCUGGUGCAAGGUUUGGUGCGAAAUGGCUUCGAUGAGGACUUCAAGGGCACCCUGCUAACGGCCCUGUCCAUCCUCAUCGCUGCCGUGCCCAUCGCGCUGCCACUGGUGCUGCAAGUGACCAUGGCCAUUGGUGCUUACCGCAUGGCCACGGACCACCACGCUAUCGUCACGCGGAUGUCCGCGUUGCAGGAUAUCGCGUCCAUGGACGUCUUGUGCUCGGACAAGACGGGCACUUUGACAACUGCAAAGAUGAGCAUCAACUUGGAGAAGAUCUGGACUGCCAAGAAGGAGGGCUUCAAUGCGGUGGACCCCUACCUCUACCGGGCGCCGAACCAGGAGUUGGCUCAGCAGCAGAUGUUGCUGGUGAUGGGGAUUCUGGCCUCGAACCCUGACAAGAAGGACGAUGCCAUUGACGGAGCCCUGCUGAGAGCCUGGGACAAGAUGAAGCAGGAGCAGGGCGAUGCGCCCGGCAAGAUGAAGGAGGGCUAUGAACAGCUGGACCUUACUGGAUUCAAUCCCGAAGUGAAGAGGACCGUGGCCACGGUGAAGCGCCUCUACGAUGACCGGAAGCUCAUUGUGGCCAAGGGCUUGUGCUCAAAGGUGAUGGACACCUCGAGCGGUGGCCAAGACUCGGGGAAGCUCCAGUGGACGUGCGAGGAAUGCAAAGAGGAAGGCUUCUUGGAGAUGGUGCAGAAGACCGACCAGGAGUUGUCCUCCGCGGGCUACAAGACCAUCGCCGUGGCCGCCGGCAUCGAGGGGGAAGGCAUGCACUUCCUGGGCUUGUUGCCCAUGAUCGACCCCCCGCGCUACGAUACCGCCAUCACCGUGCGGCGGCUGAUGGAUGCGGGCGUGGAGGUGAAGAUGAUCACUGGCGACCACCUGAACAUUGCCAUCGAGACGGCACGCAUGGUGGGCAUGGCCACGAACAUCUUGCCCGGUGAGGCCACCCGCGAGGGCGGCCACACCGGCGACGAGACGAUCCGCCAGUCCGGUGGCUUCGCGCAGGUGUUGCCCAGGGACAAGCGCGAGUGCGUCUUGGCGCUGCAGCGCUCCUACGAGCUCGUGGUGGGCAUGACAGGCGACGGCGUGAACGACGCCCCGGCGCUCUCGGCGGCGCAGUGCGGCAUCGCCGUGGAGGACGCGACGGAUGCGGCGAAGAACGCAGCGGCGAUGAUCCUCACCACCGAGGGCCUCUCCGCGGUCUUUGGUGCCGUGGUGGAGUCCCGGAAGAUCUUCGCCCGGCUCUUCUCGUACGUCUCCUAUCGCCUGGCUGCCACCAUCCAGAUCUUGCUCUAUUUGAGUAUUUUGGUCUAUGUCUUUGACUGUACCCUCGACCCCUUGUACGUGAUCCUCCUGGCGCUCUUCAACGACGUCACCAUGAUCCCCGUGGCGGAGGACCGGCAGACGGCCGCCGCGGAGCCGCAGCACGCCAUGAUUGGGCACUUGAUUGGCUUCUCGAUGACCUUGGGCGUCUUCCAGAGUGUGGCAUCCAUCAUUUUCUACCUGUGCAUGGACAUGGGAUUGGUCAAGGGCAUUGAGAGCCACACCAAGACUGGGCACUACCCGACCUCAGUCCAUGCACAGAAUGCAAUCUGGCUCCAGGUGUCCAUCGCUGCGGAGUUCUUGAUCUUCUCAGCUCGGUCGCCUGGGCUUUUCUUCUUCAGCAGGCCUUCCACGGAGCUCUUCAUCUCCACCAUGCUGGGCAACGUGCUCUCCACGCUGUUGGCCGUGUAUGCCUUCCCAGAGCCUUUGGACGCCCAAGAGUGUCUGAUCGUUUGGGCCUAUGACCUUUGCGCGCUGCUGGCGGUGGAUUUGGCCAAGAUGGUUUACAAGUUUAUCCAUGAGGCAGGGGACGCUGGCAUCAUUGAUGAGUAUGAGCUGGCCUUGGAGGACGAGAGCCUGAAAAAGGAGGAUGAGAGUCAGCCCCCUGUGGACCCUGAAGCGAAACUGCGCUCCGUCCGGGAGAGCAUGAAGAUGAUGCAGCAGAACAGCAUGCGCUUGAGUCAGAAGGGUCGCAGCUCCAUGAAGUUCUUCGCCACGGGACAGCAGCGCUCUUCGCGCAUCAUGUCCCAAUCUUCCAGCAUGGCCAACAAGAGCUUCACAAAGAUGCGCAGCUCGAUGGUCUACGGCGACGACCUGCGGAAAAGGACUCCUGCCUCGAUUCGCUUCAAGUGAGCAAGCAGCAAGACAGUUUCGGAUUUUGUGCGGCGCGCCCCCCCGCGCCCUGUGCGUUUGGCGCAAAGCCGCAACCCCUUUUGUCGGCGCCGUUCCAAGGCCUGAGCCGACCGAAUCGCUUGUGGCAAUUAUGGGCACGAAAAA